GGACACGACCGGUGUUAAAGAAAGUCUCAAAUGUUAUUUCUGUAAAAAAUAACAAAUACAUGUGGGACGAUUCCAACCGGGAUUUUUCAGCAUGCUUUAUUAUAUUUCCGUUGUCUUUCUUCUGACCUGGGGUCCUACGUUUAUAGAGACGUUAGAUUGCUUCAAUUGCAAAAAUAUAACAGAUCCGCAGACAUGCAGUCUUACAACUUCGUGUGCAACCGGUCAGUCCUGUUACCUUCAAACAAGGCAGUCAUCGCCGAUAAUGACAUACGACAUGGGCUGUCAAGUUAAUCAGCAAUGUAACAUUGCUGGUGCCGGUGGCAUAGUCGGUCGCUCCGUCAACAAACGUCAACAGGUUGUUGACUGUCAUGAAUGCUGCUCCUCUAACGGCUGCAACGAGCUGUUGUGCGCACACAGAAAGCCUGCUGCCUGUAUUGACGACGAUAACCUGGACUGUGCUCAUCUUGACUCGCUUCUCAAUGUCUGUGCUGAUGUUCACCACGCUAAGACCAUUUGCCCGAAGUACUGUGGGCUUUGCAAUCUAGUUGACGGAAACUGGGCUGACUGGAGCUCUUGGUUGAGUUGUGACGUUACGUGUAACAAUGGAACCCAAAUGAGAUUGCGCACCUGCACGAAUCCAGCACCCCAAAACAGCGGCCUUGACUGUCAUGGUGAAAACAACCAGACCAGAAGCUGUGUCAACCAACUUUGUCCGGUACAUGGUGGGUGGACGCGAUGGUCUGGUUGGAGCAGCUGCUCAGUCACGUGUGACACCGGCCUCUCCAAGAGGACCCGCUCCUGCACCAACCCGAAACCAGACAGAUUCGGGGACAACUGCUUUGGAGAUUCUCAAGAUCUACGCAUGUGCUUUCAACAACCGUGUACAAACGGAAGCUGGUCAUCGUGGACUCAGUGGAGCGAUUGUUCCGUCCCGUGCGGGCUUGGUGAGAUCUUUAGGAACCGUUCGUGUAACAGCCCGGCUCCCUCCAUGAACGGUUUUCCAUGCGUGGGCAACGAUUACCAAUCUGAACCGUGUACAAACAGCACGUGUGAGAUGGUGAUGUUCAAUUUCUACGGGUACACCAUGAAUGAUACUCUGAUGCGAUUCACUAGUAAGGUCGAGAACAUCGGCGACGCGUAUGACUCGUCCACGGGAUACUUCACCGCCCCGCUCCCGGGCAGUUACCUUUUCUCCUAUCAGAUUUGUUAUUACUCAAACCAGUACUACUUUUACCUGUAUAAGGCGAACACAAACCUAAGCUCCAAAGAAAUGAUUGGAAGUUCCAAACAUUACAGUUACAAAACGUUAGAUUGUUUCGACUGCAGGAAUUUAGCCGACCCGCAGACAUGCAAUCUGAUAGUUUCUUGUGCAAGUGGUCAGUCCUGUUUUCUCCAAACGAGACAGUCCUGGCCGACAAUAACAUACGACAUGGGCUGUCAGAAUAACCAGCUGUGUGGUAACACUGGUUCCAUCGUCGGUCGGUCAGUCUUCAAACGCCAACAAGUUGCCUGUCACGAGUGCUGUUCCUCAAAUGGGUGCAAUGACCAGCUCUGUGCCCACAGAAAACCCACUGUAUGCAUUGACGACGACAACUUUGAUUGUGCUCAACUGAACUCUCUACUCAACAUCUGCUCUGAUGUCCACCAUGCCAAGACCAUAUGUCCAAAGUUCUGUGGACUUUGUAGCCUAGUCGACGGAAACUGGGAUGCCUGGAAUUCUUGGUCGAGUUGUGACGUUACAUGUGAUAACGGAACUCAAAUCAGAACGCGCACCUGCACUAAUCCCGUACCCCAAAAUGGCGGCCUUGACUGCCAGGGCGCAAACAAUCAGACUAAAGUGUGUGUUAACCAGCUUUGUCCGGUACAUGGUGGGUGGACGCGAUGGUCUGGUUGGAGCGGCUGCUCAGUCACAUGUGACACCGGCCUCUCCAAGAGGACCCGCUCCUGCACCAACCCGAAACCAGACAGGUUCGGCGACAACUGCUUUGGAGAUGCGCAGGAUUAUCAAGUCUGUAUGCAGCAGCCAUGCUCAAGUGGAAAUUGGACUUCGUGGAACACAUGGAGCGGUUGCUCCGUAACGUGUGGACUUGGGCAACGAUAUCGAAACCGAAGUUGCGAAUACUCCUCCCAAUUUGUGAACAGCUUUCCGUGCGAGGGCAACGACUAUCAAUCACAACCAUGUAGGAAUGUCACGUGCACAAAGGUCGCAUUCAACGCCCACGGUGUCAACAUUCUUUCCAGCAAUGUAUUGGCUUUCCCUACUAUGCUCGUCAACGAAGGCAAUGCAUACAGCGCCAGCAGCGGGCACUUCACUGCUCCUGUGACUGGUAUCUAUUACUUCACGGCCCAAAUAUGCGUUGCGAGUAGCAGCACUAUAAAUAUAAUUUUCUACAUGGAAAAGGGUCCAGCUUCAAUGAGUGGUGCUCAAAGACUUACAGCAACAAGAGAUUACCAUGUAAAUUAUGGUUGCAAUUCGGUCUCCACUUCGGUUAAAUUGAAUAAGAACGAGCACGUUUGGGUAAAGAUGUUAACUACAUACAGUUCAUCUUAUAUUGAAGAAAAUUCCUAUGCUUGGAACACGUUUACUGGAGCUCUCAUACAAGAAUAUUGA